CACCGAUUAUCUCAUCAUGCAAAUAUGGCUGGCUAUAUGUUUUAUCUCCUGUAAUUGGAGUUUUUUCCUCUUCGUUUUGUUGUUUUCAAGGGACGCGACUCCAAUUGCGAAAAAAAAAGCCACUUAUCAGAUAAGCUUCGAGGUGAUUUCCACAUGGGCACGGUCUAAUCGCGGGCGAACGGAGCGAUCAUUCGAUUUUCUCGUAACGCGGUGCAAAGCAAGGGUCCAACUGGGUGCGAUAGGAACUUUUGGGCCAUGUGAUUGGCUAAAUUUUGAGAGGGAUGUUGAUCGGCGUUGUUUCGCGCCAGUUGAAGAACAGCAUAAUCGACUAGUCCACACAGUCUACUUGCGUUUGUUUGAGGUCGUUGAUUUCUAUUUUGGAUACAGCGAAUCAUAACAAUUCCAGAAAAAAAAUAAGAUGAUACUUUUUAAAGGGAAAGAACGUCCACAGAAAUUCCUUCUUUUUUUCC